GAGUCUGGCCGCGGCCGGCUGCGCCGCCUCCUCGUCGGGCCGGGCACGGCGGGCCGGGGCCUUUGUGUGAGGCGGCGGCGGCGAUGGUGCUCGGGGCCCCGCGGAGCCGGAUUAACCGUGCUGAUAAAGAGGCAACUUCGUAGGAGCUGCUAAGAUGGGCAUGAGGAUCAAACUGCAAAGCACCAACCAUCCCAAUAACCUGCUGAAGGAACUCAACAAGUGCCGGCUCUCAGAAACCAUGUGCGAUGUCACCAUUGUGGUGGGGAGCCGCUCCUUCCCAGCUCACAAGGCCGUGCUGGCCUGUGCAGCUGGCUACUUCCAGAACCUCUUCCUGAACACUGGGCUUGAUGCUGCCAGGACCUAUGUGGUGGACUUCAUCACCCCCGCCAACUUUGAGAAGAUUCUGAGCUUUGUCUACACGUCAGAGCUCUUCACGGACCUAAUCAACGUUGGGGUCAUCUAUGAGGUGGCUGAGCGUUUGGGUAUGGAGGACCUCCUUCGGGCCUGUCAUUCCACCUUUCCUGACCUGGAGAGCACUGCUGUGGCCAAGCCCUUGACUGGCACCAGUGAGAGCCAUUCUAGUACCCUGAGUUGUCCCUCAGCAGAACCACCUCAUUCUCUUGGUGAACUCCGGGGUAGUGGGGAGCACUUUGGUUCUGAAAGAAAAUAUGUGUUGCCCAGUGAUGCUGGAGGAAGCUAUAAAGAGGAAGAGAGGAAUGUUACCAGUGACACUAACCAUAGCCUGCCUCUGCCACCACCACCUCUCCCACCAAAGACAGAAGACCAUGAUGCCCCUGCUCCCUUCACAUCUGUUCCUAGUAUGGUGACCCAGCCAGUCCUAGGCACUGUCCGCACAGGUAUCCAGACCAGCACAAACUCCUGCCCAUCAUACAAAGUACAAAGCAAUGGAGACUUCAGUGAAAACAGCUUCUUCACCCCUGACAAUGCAAUAGACAUUACCACUGGGACCAAUUCCUCCCCGAGCAAUAGUGACCACUCCAAAGAUCCAGGCUUUGGGCAGAUGGAAGAGCUCCAGCUCGAAGACCUGGGGGAUGAUGACUUACAGUUUGAAGACCCCACCGAGGAGAUUGGCACAGCUGAGGAAGUGAUUGAGCUGAGUGAUGAUAGUGAGGAUGAGCUGACUUUUGGAGAGAAUGACAACCGGGAGAAUAAGGCCAUGCCCUGCCAGGUGUGCAAGAAAGUUCUAGAACCCAACAUUCAACUGAUCUGGCAGCAUGCUUGGGACCACGUAGACCUGCUGACAGGCAACUGCAAGGUCUGUGAGACCCACUUCCAGGACCGAAACUCCCGGGUGACCCAUGUCUUGUCCCACAUUGGUAUUUUUCUCUUCUCCUGCGACAUGUGUGAAACUAAGUUCUUUACCCAGUGGCAGCUGACCCUUCACCGACGGGAUGGAAUAUUUGAGAACAACAUCAUUGUCCACCCCAAUGAUUCUCUGCCUGGGAAGCUGGGUCUGUUUUCAGUGGCAGCCUCCCCAGAGUUGAAAUGUGCUGCCUGUGGGAAAGCAUUGGCCAAAGAUUUCCAUGUGAUUCGGGGCCACAUCCUCGACCAUCUAAACUUGAAGGGCCAGGCCUGCAGUGUCUGUGACCAGCGCCACCUCAACCUCUGCAGCCUCAUGUGGCACACACUCUCCCAUCUUGGCAUUUUGGUCUUCUCCUGCUCUGUCUGUGCCAGCAGCUUUGUGGAUUGGCAUCUCCUAGAGAAGCACAUGGCUGUGCACCAAAGUGUGGAAGACUCCCUCUUCCGCUGCCACUUGUGCAACCAGAGCUUCAAGUCAGAGGCUGCCUAUCGUUACCACGUCAGCCAGCACAAAUGCAAUAGUGGUCUUGAUGCGCGGCCUGGUUUCGGGCUACAGCACCCAGCUCUCCAGAAGCGGAAGCUGCCAGCAGAGGAGUUUCUGAGUGAGGAGCUGGCUCUGCAGGGCCAGCCUGGGAACAGCAAAUAUAGCUGCAAGGUCUGUGGCAAAAGGUUUGCCCACACAAGUGAGUUCAACUACCAUCGGCGGAUCCACACAGGUGAGAAGCCGUACCAGUGUAAGGUGUGCCACAAGUUUUUCCGAGGCCGCUCAACCAUCAAGUGCCACCUCAAGACACACUCGGGGGCCCUCAUGUACCGCUGCACGGUCUGUGGCCACUACAGUUCCACCCUUAACCUCAUGAGCAAGCAUGUUGGUGUGCACAAAGGCAGCCUCCCACCCGACUUCACCAUCGAGCAGACUUUCAUGUACAUUAUCCAUUCCAAAGAAGCAGAAAAGAACCUGGACAGCUGACUGGGUACCAGCAGAGCCAGGGGGAGCUCCCAAACAGCAGCCAGGACAUUGAUUUUCUAAUGGCUGUUGGUCCUUCCCCAGCUGAAGUUGCAGUUUUGCCUUGCUGGGAAUUCUGGUCUGUGUUGUGUUUAAAGAAGAAAAAAGAAGAAAUAGCACAUAUGCUGUUACUAUUUUUGAGAAGCAACAGCCCUACUACAUUUACCUCCAUACCUGUUCUUGCCCAUGAAGGGCUGUGUUUUUGAUUCUUUUGAGGCUGGUUUGGGGAUCUGGUCAAGCAGUUGGCAUCAACUAGAUCCCCUUCUCCAGCCUCUCUAGUUUUAGUUUACUGAUAGGUUUUAUGCUGCUAAGAAUCCAACCAAUAGCCUCACUGAAUAGAGGAAGUGAAGAGAGGUUUUCACUGUGGGUAUUAACCACCAGACCUCCCACGAGGAAAGCCAGCUGUGAGAAAGAUUUUGGGAAUGUGGUCCUUCAGAAAAGACUAGCAGGACAGCUCACCUCAGGUUCCAGUGCCAGCCCUCAGCAGGGAGAAGGUAUCAGGGACAGAGGUGCCUGCUUGCUCCACGGCCCUAAUGUGCUGAUUGGACAGUGAAAAUCUUUUGGCAGCUAGACUGAAACUGGGUACAGAGUUUUCUAUUUAAGUCAGAAAGUUUUGGGAUGUAGCCAAAAGGGGUGUUCUGCAGUGCUGCCAAAAAAUGGCAGCCUGGAUGGACAGGAAAGGAGGUUUUUCUUUUCUCCUCAUUUCCAAAGAAACAUGAUUUUAUGGAGUGGUGGCCCAGGAUGUUAGGCCUUCCCUGUGGGUCAGAGAGGACAGGGGGCCACUUUGAUAUGUCAUCUGUCAUUCUGGUCACCUCCAUCAACCUCGGGUUUCCUGGUGGAGAGGUGGGGAUGUCUCUGACAGCAGCAGCCUUGCCUUAAUUUAUAUCCAGUCUCCUACCCAGAAGUGUUUGUCCCAUAGUAUAGACAAGACCCCAUGAAGUAGUGGAGUGGUGGACUAUGAGCCCUUUGGGAUUAAAGGGACCUGAGUAACUGGUGUUGUGUAGCAGGGUGUGCGUUCUGACUGUCUGUCCCAGUCGGGUAACCUGUUUACUUUGUUCUAACAGUGCAGGAGCUUUGGCAGCUCACUUUUGACCUGCUGGAAUUUGUCCUGAUCUGUCGUUACAUCACCUCCAGGGGAUGCUGUUGAAUGGCAGCUGGUUCAGGUCCUCCCUAGGUGACUAGGGAACAUGUCUGAUGAGUCCGUGACUGGUUGGCUCCAUUCUUAAUUGGCUUCUUAAGGGGUCUUGCUCAAAGAAGGCCCACGGGAGAGGGCCCUUGAUCUUGCAUGUUUGUAAGGUGGCAUCUCAGUAGCUCAUACUACCUCACCCUGUUCAGGCGAGCUCUGGGAGUCCUGGCCUCAGCCCUGACACUCACUGCCUCUGGUGGGACUCAGCAGCACCCUGGGCUGUUUCACAAGAAAAUGGUUUUAAUUAACUCACGAAGCCUUUUUGGACAUUAAUAUUUAUUUAUUAUUUUUUUAUUUUUAUAUACAUACUACCCAGCAUCUCUUUUGGAUGAAACACUUCAGGAAAAUGAAUUUCUCCCCAGCAAGUAGCCAUAUUCCAGAGAACAGUCCCAGCCAGAGAUUUGGGGAACCAGGGAUCCAGGCGUAUAACUAGGGGACAACAUGUCAAGCCUUUUAAACUAGCAAAUUUUUUUCUUCCUCUCCAGAUAGUCUCUAGUGGAAUAAACGCAGGGAACUCUUUAGGCAAUGGGAGUUAAUUCCUAGGCCUUUUAUCCCCCCUCCUGUCCUGUGAUGGAGUAGAUUAGGGACUGGGUUGAGAGGAUUAAGUCACAUGAAGGAACUUUUUGCACAGUUUCUCAUCCUUUUUAAACUUGGGAAGCCCCCUGACCUUGUCUAUAUUAAGACAAACAGGCAAACCAAAGUUCUGUCCCUGUUUGACCUACUGCUUCUCUCCCCAGUCCUGAAUUGAUAAAGCCUCAGAGUGUUAUGGCUCUCUGGUGGGGUUACCAUUAGAUGAAGGGAUUUGUACAGUGGCCAGUUUAAAGUUUUUACGUCUUUGACCAUCUAAACCCAACUUGUUCAGCAUCCUCUCAAGGCGUUCUCGUCAGGAAAACAGUGCUGAGAAUUUUCCUUUCUGUCUGGCUUCUCCCUUCUUACACUGACCAUUAGAAAUUUAAGAAGGAAGUGUGUGAUGGACUACAAUCAAGUAUCUGCUAAGCUUUUCAAGCUUUUCCCAGACUGCUGGUGAGGACUGAUUUUUGAAUAGCCAGUUUGAGAGAGGUAGUUGUUACUGGAACCCAGCCGGGUAGCUGAGAGUGCAUAAAUAUGCUAGAGAAACCCUUUUCCUUAGCAGAGGGCAUCAUGGAUGCUGGGUGGUCUGUAUACUUAACCUGAAACUGUGAAGUUUUCCCUUAUUGCCAGUGAACCAAAAAGCACAUCCUUGAAGCUUUGCCCUUGAAACACUAAACAAAAAACUGUUUCCCCUGAUUCCCCUGAGGCUAAGUGGUGGAUCAGGAUGGUCCAGUUGGUCCCAGUCAGACGUGUAGCAGGAUCAGUAGCUCAUGAGGCUCAUUGACCAAACCCUGUCUUUCUGGGUGUCCCCCAUAUUCACACCUGAACUCUCCCUCUGUUUAGGUCGUGUUUGCUCUUCGGCCUCUAGCUCACCCUUUUCUGAAUUGUUUUACUUGAAACACUGUAUCGAGGCAAAGGGCACUCUAGGGUACCUGGUGGAAGGUAUUCAUUUUAUUUUGCAUUUUUACUUUUUUGACCUAUUCAUUCGAUUUUGUUGCCCCUCUCUCCUUGAGCCCAAUUUAGCACUCUCUCUUGCUGUAUCGCUCUGAAGUUCUGUUUGAUCCUUCAGUGUCCUCUCUUCUCCUUUUUUCUUGUUCUGUACUCUGGACCAGCUACAUAAUUUGUGGAGCCCUCUUGUUCACAAAUUAUUAGGAAUUUCAAGGUGGCGAUUGUAGAGCAUUAAACCACAGCACCCACUCCCAACUUGUUUCCUAAGGGAAAAUGAUAAUACUUACAUGGCACGUUGGGAUAAACAGCAGAGGCUGCUUGUGGCCAGAAGUGGGGAUCAAUAUUCCACACUCCAGCGACUUGUUGAUGGCUUAUGAUGCCACAGCACCUGCUGGGAGGCUCUGCGGCACUCCAGUAUUUGGUCCUAACCUUUAAGACUCCAUGGAGUCCCUACAGUUCAUGGCUAGUUGGGAAGAAAGGAGGUGCUGAGGUGGGUGUUGAGCCCAGAUGACCCCUAAAGAGGAGGAAAUCGUAAAAGUUCUCUUUGACUUUCUUCUUUUCUGAUCUAUCAGCACCCCUUUUUUCUCCAUCCAGGACAAACCUUUGGGCUUAAAUACCUUUCUCCCAGUUAGGUGUUUGCUACUGAUGAAUUUUCUUUUUCUUCUGGCCUCCUGCUGUGCCCUGUUUUCCCCAGGCCUCAGACUACUCAACUUCAGAAUGAAUUUAAAUCCCUCUAUAGAUGGACACUGAAUUUGUUGGCACGAGAGUGGGCCGUGUAAAGCAGUCCAUGCCCACUUGGGAGUCCCCCUGUGCCCUUUUCCCUAAAUCCCGCGCUGAAUGAGUCAGGAAGCUGGGGUGCACAGCAUUAGUUUCAAUGUGAUUACUCGUCAUAAACAACAUCAGAAUGAAAAUGAAACUUGAUUUUGAUGUUUCCUUAAUACUCUUCUUCUGUCUAAUCCACCCCUCCCCACCUCUAAUAGCUAAAAUCUCAUGAAACAGAGAAGAGUUGUUGACGUCUGACUCCAUUAAAUUAAUAAGUACUGACCUCCUAAUAUUUAAGUGUUUACUAUCUA